AUGGCAAAAAAUGAAAAGGUUGGUAAAGCAAUAGCUACCACUUAUGUGAAAGAUGAACGAGACAUUCCGGAUUACGAAUUUCCUGACAGUGGCCAUGUAAAAGUAAACUUGACGACAUCAGACGUAGCAGUUCUUGAAGGAACAGAUUCUGAACCGGAUAUGCGAAGCAAGUCAUCCGCACCGUUAGCAGUGAUGAAAAAACAAAUUGUGCAAACUCGGCUACUUGCAACGGUGGCAGUACUGCUUAGUUUAGGAUUCAUUUGCUUACUGCUGAACUCUUUUGUAUGGCAUGCGCUGCGAAGUGCAAAAACGGAGCAAAUUCUCUUGGGCAUCUUGGUGUUUACUGUCGGAAUGUUAACUCGAGACUGGUACCGCCUGCAUGGCGAAAAAUUGACAAGAGCUUUGAAAGCGCUGCUUAAUGUCUCCAACAUGAUUAACUCCUUUGAUACAUCCACAUUCGAUUUCUUCGAUAAGCAUUUCAAACUCAGCGGGAAGUAUUUUUUUUUUUUGGAGGAUCCAAAAAUUAACGAAGGAUUACCACGAACGCCGGAAAUCAGCCCACCGUUGAGUCCUUCGAGGGAAGAAAAAGACGGAACAAGAAAUUCGGCAAUAACCAAGUCCUGA